CCACGGAAAUGUGGCUUAUUUGGUGUUUCCUGUGAAGGGCUGCAGAAACAGGUGAAUUACCUGAUUGAUGAAGGCAUGUCAACGACUAAGGGAAGCAACAAAGUCAUCAGCUACAUGCAUCAUUUUUUCAGCAACUUUGGAGUUGGAGAAACAUUGGUGGAUCUUCAUUGUGACAACUGCAGUGGGCAGAACAAGAACAACUUCAUGCUCUGGUACCUUGCCUGGCGCACUGGACACAAGCUUCACGAAAAAAUUGACAUCCACUUCCUUAUUGCUGGUCACACCAAGUUUUCUCCUGAUUGUGGCUUUGGACUCAUCAAGCAAGCCUACAUGAAGACAAGAGUCAACACUUUGGCAGACAUCGCUGAGGUUGUGGAAAACAGCUCUCCUGUAAGCCACCUCAAUAUCCCACAGCUUGUUGGAACGGCAGAGGGCAAAGUUUUAGUCAAAACAUUCGACUGGCAGCACCAUCUGACUCGCCACUUUCGUAGACUCCCACAGAUAAAGAGUUAUCAGCACUUUAGCUUUGACGCCACGAGACCAGGUGUGGUGCUUGCAAAAACUGACCGUGAUGCACAACAUGUUGAAUUUCAGCUACUGCGCGACGGAGAAGGUCUGCCCUCUAUUGACGGUGUUCUUGUCCUGUCCCCACCUGGACUGAACAUUGACAGGCAGACAUACCUGUAUGAAAAAAUCAGGCCAUUCUGUGCUGACGAGGCAAGACACAUCACCUGCCCAGCGCCAAAGGUCACAACACAGAAGAGGAUGCGGAUGUGAUUGUGGACUGUGGACUUCUUGUGUUAACAAUAGAAACUUUCUUCUAUUUUUUACCUGUGAACCUUCUACAUUUUUAGGAAACUUUAUUUUUUACAUUAAAACAAAUUAUUUUUUCAUAAGAGUUUUUA